GCGGGGGGGGGGUCACUGAGAUGGCCGGGUUGAGCUAUGAAGGCACCUGGGAACAACGGAGGCACUAAAAAAUGCCAUCGUUGCACACAUGUGUUUUUUUUUAUCAAAAAAAGUGAAGUGCUUGGUCCGAACUUGGAAUUGUCAAGAUGGGGCGUCGUCCGGCGCGGUGUUAUCGAUAUUGUAAGAACAAACCGUACCCGAAAAGUCGGUUUUGUCGUGGUGUACCAGACUCUAAAAUCCGUAUCUUCGAUUUAGGCAAAAAGAAAGCUAGAGUUGAUGACUUCCCUCUGUGUGUUCACCUGGUAUCAGAUGAAUAUGAACAGUUAUCAUCCGAAGCAUUGGAAGCCGGCCGUAUCUGCGCUAAUAAAUAUUUAGUUAAACAUUGCGGUAAAGAUCAAUUCCACAUUCGUAUGCGAUUACAUCCUUUCCACGUUAUUAGAAUCAAUAAAAUGUUGUCAUGUGCCGGAGCUGAUAGAUUGCAAACUGGUAUGCGAGGAGCUUUCGGCAAACCACAAGGAACCGUUGCUAGAGUUCGAAUUGGCCAAGCCAUCAUGAGCGUUCGUUCUUCCGAUCGUUACCGAGCAGCCGUUAUUGAAGCUUUGAGACGUGCCAAAUUCAAGUUCCCUGGCCGUCAAAAAAUUUAUGUCAGUAAAAAAUUCGGAUUUACGAAAUACGAACGUGAUGAAUAUGAAAAACUCAAAGAAGCUGGACGAUUUGCUCCGGAUGGAUGUAACGUUCAGUUUAGAUCAGACCAUGGCCCUUUAGAUAACUGGAGAAAAGUUCAAGCUGAAUUGGCUGCCGCUUCGCAAUAAAUUGUAUAACUCGAAAUUAAACGAUGAAUUUGUUUUUUGAAUUUA